AUGACAAAACGAAGCCAUCAAGAAACGUCUGUACAAGCUCCUUCGCUAGGCAAGAAGAAGCAGCUAGAAGACGAUAACAUGGACGAGCUUCUCGCUGUUUUGGGUUACAACGUUCGAUCUUCCGACAUGGCUCAAGUUGCAAUGAAGCUUGAGCAGCUUGAAAUGGUCUUGUCCAGCGAUGAUAACGCGUUAAACGACACCGUUCAUUACAAUCCCUCUGAUCUCUCCGGCUGGGCUGAGACCAUGCUCUCCGAGCUUAACUACUACCCGCCUUCUCCGGAUCUCGACCCGACCCGGAUUUGCAAUCUAAGACCAAUCCCAGUCGACGACGACGAGUGUUGCAGUAGCAGCAGCAACAGCAGCAAGAGGAUUCGACUCGGUCCUUGGGGUUGUGACUCGGUGACCAGCGAGUCGACUCGACCACUGGUGCUCGCCGUUGACUCGCAGGAGACAGGGGUCAGACUCGUCCAGGCGCUGGUGGCGUGCGCCGAGGCGGUUCAGCAGGAGAAUCUGAGUCUCGCGGAUGCUCUCGUGAAGCACGUGGGCUCGCUCGCGGCUUCUCAGGCGGGAGCGAUGGGGAAAGUCGCCACCUACUUCGCCGAAGCUUUAGCUCGUAGGAUUUACCGGAUUCACCCUUCCUCCGCCGCCAUUGAUCCCUCCUUCGAAGAAAUUUUGCAGAUGCACUUCUACGAGUCGUGUCCUUACCUGAAAUUCGCACAUUUCACGGCCAAUCAGGCGAUUUUGGAAUCCGUCGCGACGGCGCGUUGCGUUCACGUAAUCGACCUAGGGCUCAAUCAAGGGAUGCAGUGGCCGGCGUUAAUGCAAGCAUUAGCUCUCAGACCCGGCGGACCUCCGUCGUUCCGCCUCACCGGCGUUGGCACUCCGUCGAAUCGGGAAGGGAUUCAACAGUUAGGAUGGAAGCUAGCUCAGCUGGCUCAAGCGAUCGGCGUCGAAUUCGGAUUCAAAGGUCUAGUCGCCGAGAGAUUAUCCGAUCUCGUACCGGAAAUGUUCGAGACCCGACCCGAAUCGGAGACUGUAGUGGUUAAUUCUGUUUUUGAGCUCCACCCGCUUUUGGCGCGACCCGGUUCGAUCGAAAAGCUGUUAGCUACGGUUAAGGCGGUUAAACCGAGCAUCGUAACGGUGGUGGAACAAGAAGCGAACCACAACGGCGCCGUUUUCCUAGACCGGUUUAACGAGGCGCUUCACUAUUACUCGAGCCUGUUCGACUCGCUCGAGGAUGGGCUUAUGAUACCGGGUCAAGACCGAGUCAUGUCGGAGGUUUACUUAGGGAGACAGAUCCUGAACGUGGUGGCAGCGGAAGGAAUCGAUCGGAUCGAGCGGCACGAGACGCUGGCUCAGUGGCGAAAACGGAUGGGAGCAGCCGGGUUUGACCCGGUGAAUCUCGGAUCAGACGCGUUUAAGCAGGCGAGUUUGCUCUUGGCGCUAUUCGCCGGCGGAGAUGGAUAUAGAGUGGAGGAGAACGACGGAAGUCUAAUGCUUGCGUGGCAGACGAAACCGCUCAUCGCUGCAUCGGCGUGGAAACUCAGCGACGACACGGCGGAGUGGCGGCGGUAG